CUCAUAUAAAACAUAACAAAUUGUAAAAAAAAAACCUUCAACUGCUUUUCAAAACGUUACAAUUUAUUAGUUUACAUUAUGGCGGACAGCAAGGAAAUGGGCACGGAUGCUGAGCCCAUCGAAGAAGUCAAGUUAAAUAAACGCGAUAGCUUGGUCUUAAAGGAUUUGCUGGAGAAACGUUUAUCAGAAUGUGGCUGGCGCCAAAAUAUUGAGGAAUUGAUACGCAAGACCGUGCAGGAGCGCGGCAAUAUCAGCCACGAGCAACUAGCUGCUGAAAUAGUACCACACGCUCGUGCCAUGGUGCCCGAUGUGGUGCGAAAGGAGAUGAUACUGCGCGUGCGCGCCGCCUUGGAGGAACCACUGCCCGUCAAGAAAGACUGAACAAUAAUUUUACAAAAAAGUACAACACGAUUUGAGUAAUGUUUACACACUAGAGCAGCACAUUUGUCAUCGAUUUAUUCACGUAAUUAAGUAAAUAUAUAUAUGUGUAUAUAUAUUUAUAUGUA